CGGAGCUCUGACUGACGCGGUGGGUUCUGUCUGUGUGUGCCUGCCGUCGGAUCCUCCCAAAUACAUCCACAUCCACUUUCACACUCCCCGUGAGCACAGAGCUGCCGCUCCGCCGGUUCUUCGGCGACUUUGACCCCUGAGGACCUGCAUGUCUAAUCUUUAGACAUGUUCAGAUUAGUGGAUUCACGGACUCUCCUGCUACUUGUAGCAACGCAUUGCGUUUUGCUAUCCCUUGUAAGAUGUCAACAAGAAGAUGACCAGGAAGACUAUGGCGGCUGCAUCCAAGAUGGCCAGCAGUAUGCAGACCGUGCAGUAUGGAAGCCAGAAGCGUGCCGUGUCUGUGUGUGCGAUGCAGGGGCAGUGCUAUGUGACGAGGUCAUCUGUGAGGACCUGAGAGACUGUGCCAAUCCCAUCAUUCCACCUGGAGAGUGCUGUCCCAUCUGCCCAGCUGACACCGACGAACCUAUCGUGUCACUUGGUGCAAAGGGACAGAAAGGAGAACCAGGCGAUAUUGCAGAUGUUGUAGGACCGAGAGGACCUGCUGGCCCAAUGGGACCCCCAGGAGAGCAGGGACCACGUGGUGAGAGAGGACUUAAGGGUGAAAAGGGAAAUACCGGCCCAAGAGGGAGAGAUGGCGAGCCUGGUACACCUGGAAACCCAGGACCCCCUGGACCACCAGGACCUAAUGGUCCCCCUGGACUCGGAGGAAACUUUGCUGCUCAGAUGGCUGGUGGUUUUGACGAGAAGGCAGGAGGUGCUCAGAUGGGUGUGAUGCAGGGUCCAAUGGGUCCAAUGGGUCCCCGUGGUCCUCCUGGCCCCACUGGAGCACCUGGCCCACAAGGUUUCCAAGGCAACCCUGGAGAGGCUGGUGAACCUGGCCCUGCUGGUCCUCUUGGACCCCGUGGCCCAUCUGGACCCCCUGGAAAACCCGGAAGUGAUGGUGAGGCUGGCAAACCUGGAAAGUCUGGUGAGCGUGGACCCACAGGGCCUCAGGGAGCCCGUGGAUUCCCCGGAACCCCUGGCCUUCCUGGCAUCAAGGGACACAGAGGACACCCAGGUCUUGAUGGAGCUAAAGGAGAGGCCGGUGCUGCAGGUGUUAAGGGUGAAUCUGGUGCUAAUGGUGAGAACGGUGCUCCUGGACCAAUGGGUCCACGUGGCCUUCCCGGUGAGAGAGGUCGUCCUGGACCUUCUGGUUCUGCUGGUGCCCGUGGUAAUGAUGGUCUGCCUGGUCCUGCUGGUCCUCCUGGCCCUGUUGGUCCUGCUGGUGCUCCAGGUUUCCCAGGAUCCCCUGGUGCUAAGGGUGAAGCUGGUCCUACUGGAGCUCGUGGACCUGAGGGCGCACAAGGACCCCGUGGAGAGGCCGGUACACCUGGAUCACCUGGACCCGCCGGUGCAUCUGGUAACCCUGGUACUGAUGGUAUUCCUGGUGCCAAAGGAUCUGCUGGUGGUCCUGGUAUUGCUGGUGCCCCUGGUUUCCCAGGACCCCGUGGCCCGCCAGGACCUCAGGGAGCUACUGGACCUCUUGGGCCUAAAGGACAAUCUGGAGACCCUGGUAUCCCAGGAUUUAAAGGCGAGGCUGGACCCAAGGGAGAGCGUGGUGUUGCAGGACCUCAGGGUGCCCCUGGGCCAUCUGGAGAGGAAGGCAAGAGAGGACCAAGAGGAGAGCCUGGUUCUGCCGGACCUCUCGGACCUCCUGGAGAAAGAGGAGCUCCAGGUAACCGUGGAUUCCCUGGUCAGGAUGGUCUAGCAGGAGCAAAGGGCGCACCCGGUGAUCGUGGUGUUCCUGGUGUGACUGGCCCAAAAGGAGCAACUGGAGAUCCUGGUCGCACAGGCGAGUCUGGUCUUCCUGGAGCCAGAGGUCUCACUGGGCGCCCUGGUGAUGCUGGACCGCAAGGAAAAGUUGGACCAACUGGUUCCCCUGGUGAAGAUGGACGCCCUGGUCCUCCUGGGCCUCUGGGAGCUCGUGGUCAGCCUGGAGUGAUGGGAUUCCCUGGACCUAAGGGUGCCAAUGGUGAACCUGGAAAACCUGGAGAGAAAGGACUUCUUGGACGCACUGGUCUUAGAGGUUUGCCUGGUAAAGAUGGAGAGACUGGAUCUGCUGGUUCACCUGGUCCUGCUGGUCCAGCUGGUGAGAGAGGAGAGCAGGGUCAACCUGGUCCAUCUGGCUUCCAGGGUCUUCCAGGACCUACUGGAGCCCCUGGAGAGCCUGGUAAACCUGGUGACCAGGGUGUUGCUGGAGAGGGUGGUGCUGCUGGUCCCACUGGACCAAGAGGUGAACGUGGUUUCCCUGGUGAGAGAGGAAGCUCUGGCCCUCAGGGUCUCCAGGGACCAAGAGGACUUCCAGGAACUCCCGGUACUGAUGGACCUAAGGGUGCAAUUGGACCAGCUGGUGCUGCUGGAUCUCAGGGCCCUCCUGGUCUGCAGGGCAUGCCUGGUGAGAGAGGAACUGUUGGAAUCCCUGGAGCUAAAGGUGACAGAGGAGACAGCGGAGAGAAAGGACCUGAAGGUGCUUCUGGCAAAGAUGGUGCAAGAGGUUUAACUGGUCCAAUUGGUCCACCUGGUCCUUCUGGUCCCAAUGGCGCUAAGGGUGAAACUGGUCCCAUUGGCUCAAUUGGUGCUCCUGGUGCUCGUGGUGCCCCUGGCGAUCGUGGUGAGAUUGGUGCACCCGGACCUGCUGGCUUUGCUGGACCUCCUGGUGCUGAUGGUCAGCCUGGAAUUAAGGGAGAGCAGGGUGAGUCAGGACAGAAAGGUGAGGCUGGAUCCCUUGGACCCCAAGGACCAUCAGGAGCACCCGGCCCAGUGGGCCCAACUGGUGUUACAGGACCUAAGGGAGCACGUGGAGCCCAAGGAGCCCCUGGUGCCACUGGUUUCCCAGGUGCUGCAGGAAGAGUUGGAUCACCUGGCCCCAAUGGUAACCCUGGUCCUCCUGGCCCUGCAGGGGCUGCUGGUAAAGAUGGUCCUAAGGGAGUUCGUGGUGAUGCCGGUCUCCCAGGCAGAGCAGGAGAUGCUGGACUGCGUGGAGCUCCUGGUGCUCCUGGAGAGAAGGGAGAGCCUGGAGAGGAUGGUCCUGCUGGUCCUGAUGGUCCUUCUGGCCCUGCUGGUCUUGCUGGUCAGCGUGGUAUUGUUGGUUUGCCUGGUCAGCGUGGUGAAAGAGGUUUCCCAGGACUUCCAGGACCCUCUGGUGAGCCUGGCAAACAGGGAGGUCCUGGCUCUUCUGGUGACCGUGGACCCCCUGGCCCUGUUGGACCUCCUGGAUUGACUGGACCUUCUGGAGAGACUGGACGUGAGGGUAAUCCUGGAUCUGAUGGUCCACCUGGUAGAGAUGGUGCUCCUGGUGUGAAGGGUGAGCGUGGUAACACUGGCCCAAUUGGUGCUCCUGGAGCUCCUGGUGCACCUGGUGCUCCUGGUUCUGUUGGUCCAGUUGGCAAACAGGGAGACAGAGGAGAGAAUGGCCCACAAGGACCUGGUGGACCCCCUGGACCCGCUGGAGCUAGAGGCAUGGUUGGACCCCAAGGGCCUCGUGGUGAUAAGGGUGAGGCAGGAGAAGCUGGAGAAAGAGGUCAGAAGGGACACAGAGGAUUCACCGGUCUGCAGGGUCUGCCUGGACCUCCUGGUGCUCCUGGAGACCAGGGUGCUGCUGGACCUGGUGGACCGAGUGGCGCUAAAGGACCUGCAGGACCUGUUGGACCAGCUGGUAAGGAUGGUUCUAAUGGUCAGCCUGGACCUAUUGGACCACCUGGACCUCGUGGACGCUCUGGAGAGUCUGGCCCAAGUGGUCCACCUGGUAACCCUGGACCCCCUGGUCCUCCUGGUCCCCCUGGCCCUGGCAUUGACAUGUCUGCCUUCGCUGGGUUGUCUCAGCCCGAGAAGGGACCCGAUCCUCUGCGUUACAUGCGUGCCGACGAGGCCUCCAGCUCUCUUAGACAACAUGAUGUGGAGGUGGAUGCCACACUGAAGUCAAUCAACAGCCAGAUUGAGGACAUCCGCAGUCCAGAUGGCUCCCGCAAGAACCCUGCACGCUCCUGCCGAGACCUGAAACUCUGCCACCCUGAAUGGAAGAGCGGUGACUACUGGGUGGAUCCUAACCUUGGUAGCAUGGCUGAUGCCAUCAAAGUUUUCUGCAACAUGGAGACCGGAGAGACCUGUGUGAAGCCCAGCACUCCUAAAAUCCCACGCAAGAACUGGUGGAGCAGCAAGAGCAAGAUGCAGAAGCACGUGUGGUUUGGAGAGAGCAUGAAUGGUGGAUUCCACUUCAGCUAUGCUGAUAGCAGCCAGACUCCUAGUACUACCAGCAUCCAGCUGAACUUCCUGAGACUGCUGUCUACUGAGGCCACUCAGACCAUCACCUACCACUGCAAGAACAGCGUUGCUUACAUGGACCAAGCCACAGGAAAUCUGAAGAAGGCCGUUCUGCUGCAGGGUUCCAAUGAUGUGGAGAUCAGAGCAGAGGGCAACAGCCGCUUUACAUAUGGAGUACUUGAGGAUGGCUGCAAGAAGCACACAGGUCAGUGGGCCAAGACUGUGAUUGAGUACAAAACUCAGAAGACAUCCAGGCUGCCCAUUGUGGACAUUGCUCCCAUGGACAUCGGAGGAGCAGAUCAGGAGUUUGGAGUGGACAUUGGUGCAGUCUGCUUCUUGUAAAAAAAAUAAAACAUAUGUGGAUUAUGAAAUAAGACAUGGAAAAAUACCAAUGACGAGCAAUAACUGUGAGGAUGCAAUACACUCUCCAAGUAACGAAAUAUGGAAGAAAAGAAAAGAAAUCUGAAAAUUGACGAAAGUUUUUUUUCUCUAAAACACAAAAAGUCGUGCUGUCCAUGUUUAGUGUGCAAGAAAAACCAGCGCUAAAUGGGAUUGCCCCAAAUAGUCUCUCCCUCUGAAAUCCAGCCAUGUUUCCCACAAGCCUUCAGUGCAGCGCCUCCUCCUGCCGGGAGCCAAGAGGGGGACAGAAUGAGCGAGCGCAAUCAAAAGAUUCAGAGAUUCAACGAAAGACAGAAACAUGGCUUGAUGUCAUCACAUCCUGCAGGGGGUGGGUGGUUGGGUGAUGCUGUACAGCGUCAUGGCUGGAUACCACAGUUGUCCCUCCCACUAAAGAAGAAAGAAGGCCAUGCCCAGUCCCACUUCACCCUUCCCUCUGCCUCUUGACUGUGACUCAGAAGAAAACAUCACAUUAUGCAAGAUUUUGUGGAAUGUUAAACCUGAGGAGGGAAUAAGUUAAUAUUUACUGUGUAUAGUAACAAAAAAAAUCUUGAUUCAGUCUGUACUGAAACAGCCAGAUCUAUAUAUUUUCACAAUUAUAUGUGUUUGUGUGUGUGAGCAUGUGCCUAUACACACCGACAAUAUUUUGGGGAAAGUGCAGUUCCAUUUCUUUUUUGUUUGUUUGUUUGUUUUGUGUAAAUCUUUUUUUUUUUUCCCAUGAUUGCCCAAACUAGGAAGUUUUGGUCCCUUAACAUAACAGCAGAAAAAGAAAAAAAAAUCUAAUAAAUUUGGAAACCAUUUCUA